CAUCAGCCACCUUCUCUGUAGCUACAGUUUCUCUUCACUCACAUUAAUCCCUGGCAAUGAAAAAUGAACCUCUCCCCCACCCGCGCUGCUGCCUUUCGCCUCACGCCCCCAGAGAAGCAUUUCUUCGUGAGGCAGACGGUGAAGGUUUUUUUCCAAGUCACAUGAUCCGGGAUGCAGGGGGAGAAUCCUUCUUGGAACAGAGAUGGGCCCAGAACCGAAUCAGAUGAGGAGAGAUAAGGUGUGAUGUGGGGAAGACUAUAUAAGAAUGGACCCAGGGCUGCAGCAAGCACUCAACCCACUGGCCCCUUCUCAAGACCCAGCCAUGCAUGUGCCCGCAGGCUCCGUCACCAGCCACUUGGGAACCACUAGCCGCGGUUAUUUCUAUUUCACCACGGCCUCACUGGCUCUGUGUCUCCUCUUUGCGGUGGCAACCAUUAUGGUGUUGGUAGUUCAGAAGACGGACUCCAUUCCCCACCCGCCGGGCAAAUUCCACCUUAAAGGAGGGAAUUGUUCAGAGGACAUCUCAUGUAUCCUGGAAAGGGCUCCAUUCAAGAAGUCAUGGGCCUACCUCCAAGUGUCAAAGCAUAUAAACAAAACCAAGUUGUCUUGGAACAAAGAUGGCAUUACCCAUGGAGUCAGAUAUCAGGAUGGGAAUCUGGUGAUCCAGUUCCCAGGUUGGUACUUCAUCAUUUGCCAACUGCAAUUUCUUGUGAAAUGCCCAGAACAUUCUGUCGACCUGAAGCUGGAGCUUCUCAUCAACAAAGAUGUCAAAAAACAGACACUGGUGACAGUGUGUGAGUCUGGAGUGCAAACCAAAAACAUAUACCAGAACCUCUCUCAGUUCUUGCUGGAGCACCUCCAGGUCAAUGCCACCAUAUCAGUCAAGGUGGAUAAAUUCCAGUAUGUGGAUACAAACACCUUUCCUCUUGAGAACGUGUUGUCCAUCUUCUUAUACAGUAGUUCAGACUGAACCAUCCCUCCUGGCCUUCAGGAAGAAAGCAACUCUCUACCAUACAGCACUUCAUCCUUCCAGACAUUUGGGCAAAAAAGAACACUUUAGGCCAAGACUGAAACCACAAAGGGAAUUAAAUAGUACACUUCUCCUUCUGUUUCCUGGGAAGAUACAACUCUGGGUUAAAAAGAGAGUUUUGAGUGAAGUAUCUUCCAGAUAGAAGGCAGGGACGCAAUGUGGUGUGGUGAACAAAGCCACACACGGCAAUCAGAAGGGAUGGGUUUAGGCCCAGCCCGAUCACUAACUCACUGUAUGACCUGAGCUAGUCCUUUCCCCUCCCUGGAACUCAGAUUCCACGUCAGAAAAAUCAAGGGGCUGAGUUUGAAUCUCUCCAAAGGCUCUUCCAUCUCAGAAGAUCAGGCUCCCUCAUCACAGACCUGUGAACUAAGAUUCCAGGCAGGGCUUCCCUGGUGGCGCAGUGGUUGAGAAUCUGCCUGCCAAUGCAGGGGACACGGGUUCGAGCCAUGGUCUGGGAGGAUCCCACAUGCCGCGGAGCAACUAGGCCCGUGAGCCACAACUACUGAGCCUGCGCGUCUGGAGCAUGUGCUCCGCAACAAGAGAGGCCGCGAUAGUGAGAGGCCCGCGCAUCGCGAUAACGAGUGGCCCCCGCUUGCCGCAACUAGAGAAAGCCCUCGCACAGAAACGAAGACUCAACACAGCCAAAAAUAAAUAAUAAAUAAAUAAUAAUAAGUUAAAAAUAAAAAUAAAAAAAUUCCUUAAAAAAAAGAUUCCAGGCAAUGUUCUCGAAGCCCCCGACCAAAGGAAAGUUCCCCGCACUGGCAUAAAACCGAUGGUACUAGCAGUAUCUGGCUGCGUGUCACCUCAGCAGAGUCAGUAUUUGGGGACAAGGUUCAGGGCACCUUAACAAAUGGUGUGAACAGUGGGAUCUAAAAUGUGUAAAACUGACCAUCCUGAAUCUAAUACCUUCUGGGUAUUUGGAAAACCACCUGACCAGGCUUGACUCCAUUGCAGUUAAGACUGACAAUAAGUCAACAACAGACAGCUUUUGUUUCCUGUCAGGAAAGUGCCGUGAAUUCGGCAAGCGCUCAGGCAAGGUGAUCAGUCAUUUGCUCAGAGAAGAGCUGCCGCCAUCGCCCACGUGAACUCUUUCCCUGCUUCAGAUACUCUCGGGAAACCAUUUCUGCGGAGGGCUUUUAAGGCCCCACAGCAUUGAUGAUAGACAGUGAUGACUCUGAAAAUGGUGAGAAGGACUUCUGAGCGGCAGCUACCUCCCCUCCUGACUUUAGGCACGACAUUUCAACCCACAUUCACAUCUGUCCGUCUUCGAAGGAGCACCUUGUCUGUUUGAGAGAAGGACCACUGACUUGAAAUAUAAGCCCGUGAGGUUAUGCUUCAGAAGGAAAAGGGACCCUUAACUGCUAUGCAAAAGAAUGGAGCAAAAUGUACAUUUUUCUCAAUUAGCAGGAGAGAAAAAGGAGUAGGAACUCAGGAAAGUUUGUCAGAGAAAGACUAGAAAUGAUUUAAAAGAAGAAAAAAACAAAAAACAGCAGCGGUGGUACGGAUGAGAGGGACUUGGGAGAACAGAAAUAGCUAAGGGAAAGAUUUAAGUAAUUUGCUGAGCAGGGUGUUACGUCGACCCCUUCCUAGGUUUCCACUAUGAAAUAUUCAGUAAAGUCUACAUUUCUCUUUAACACUUUCUGGGAGUAGAUUCUUUGGGAGGAGCGGACACUGGAAGAAGUGUUGAAAUCAUCAAGCCAAGUGGUAUGUGGUAAAAACAGACAGGUUUUGAGGACCCGAGGUCACAGAAUAAGGGGGCACCUGGCAUUUAUACCCUAACUCUGUAGGACAAAUGAAUCCUGCUUAAACCAACUCACGCACUCUUGAAAAGAUAUCUGCAACCUAAGCGUGUGUAACCUAAGCAAGUUUUCUACCGUCUCAUAUUCUAAUUUGAGAAAGUUUCCGUUUUUGUUUUUCACCAACCCUCCUCUGAGCAGAGGUACCUGACUGUCACCUCGUGAGGGGCUCCUAAUCUCAGUCUCUGUCAAGCAAUGCCCUGGAAGUCAACAUCUGAAGACACAAGGGGGCACAGAAUUUGAAGGAAUCCAGCAGCAUGACAAAAAAGUAUAAGAGAAUAAUCAUUAAUAACCCAAGGUAGGGAUAACCCAUAGGGAGAGGACAGCCUAGGAAGUUUAAAAUGAAAUUCUGUCACUCCCCAAGGGUUACGCACCCCCUGGAAAUGCUGUGAGCAAAUGACACCAUCUACACAAGUAAAACAGAUCAUUCUUCUAACUGGGAACCCAGGUUACCUGAAACAUAUGCCUCUUUGGUAAAAACUCACCUGGAGCUCACUGAUUCUGCCCUCUCCCACCUCCAACACACACACACACACACACACACACACACACACACACACACACACACACACACACACACACACACACACACACACACACACACACAGUAUACUGGUAGAACCUGGACAAGAGGCUGAUGGGUGAGUUGAUGAAAAAUAAUGAGUGUAAAUGUAUUUCUGCCUUUGGGAAAAUUCAUAGGACUUUCUCCAUAUUCGGUGACUUUCUUCACCCCGUUUCUCCAUCACACACCAAUGUCUCCUGUAACUUCCUUGUCCAGUUCCUUCUCAGAAUCCCGCUGUCACACAAAGGUUGGCUCAGAGAAGGGCCCAGCACCUCCAGGAGGGUUGAUAUGAACAGGCACUAAAGCAAGGAAGUGCUGAGGGAAACUGGGCAGCAUUCCCCAAACAAGGGAGGCUUCCAGAAUCCCUGGAAUACCACUGAUUGUCCUGGCACUGGGGGACAAAGCCCUUAAGUUAAGAGGAUACAGAAGUCAGUCAGUGUCAUCUCUGGAAAGAUCCUGAGAGAUCAGCUGAGCCAGUGUUUGAACGGAAGCCCAAUAUGGGACAGAGACUAAAAUCUUCACAUGUGGCGGCAGCUGAGCGGGGAUUUGAGCCCAGACUCCCUACGCCAUUAUUCCCCACCAGGCCAUACUGGUCCCCACUGUAGCCUUUCUGUAACUCCUCAGGUCACAUCUUUCCAGCCCUGCACUGCAGUAGGCCCCAACCUUCAGGGAUUCUUCUGUUUCUCCCUGCCCCUCUCAAAACAAUCUGGGAUCAUCAUUCUAAUGUGAGACACAGGUGGUCUAUAGAUUCUGUACAUGGUCAAAUCACAGAAAAAUGUUAGGGUCCCACGAUGUCAAAGUUCUCUCUCUCAGAAACUGAAGAAAUAUAUGAUAAGGACAAUAUUUUGCAAUAAAAAUAUUAAAAGCUUGUCUUAAUUUGAGGUUACGCAUAUAUGUGUGUAUGUAUAUAUAUGUAUAUAGGUGUGUAUAAGUAGGUAUGUGUAUAUGCAUGUACAUAUAUGUAUAUUAUAUAUACACAUAUGUGUACAUGUGUGUAUAUGCUUUCCCCUAAUAAUUGUUGUAUAGGUCAUCUGCUUAACCUGGGGUCCCGGGAAGAAACCUGAUUCUUGCUCUGGGCAUUGCAAAAUUUAUAUACUCUUGUAUUUAUUUUUAAUUAUGGAAAGAACAGAAAGUAAUAUUUCUCCCAUGCCUCACCAGUGUAUUUAAUAACUAUUAAUAUUUUGCUAUAUUUGGUCUGCUUCUUUUAAAAAAUAAAAUAAUACAGAUAGAGCUGAAGUCUCACCCCUCCAACCAUUUCCCUAUGCCCUCCCCAGAGGUAACAACUACCUGGGAGUUUUCACGUCCCCUUCAUUUACAUAAUUUCAUAUUUCUUGU